GCUGUGCGCACUUGAGGAGUCGCGGGUUCCAUUUUAACCAACAACAUUUCUCUCCAACCUGUUCCGUCUUGUUUCCUCCUCCUCCUCCCUUUCAUCCCUCUCAACCACGCCUCUGAAUAAGCUCCCUAUUCACCUCAUCACCUCUUAUUCCUCUUACUUAGACAUUAGAGGUGCAGUUCGGCAAGAAGUAUUCAACUGCCGGCUUUCAUCCUUCCCUCCUCAUUCCUUCCACAUUUUGAAUACAAGGGACAUCAAUCUAUCCAGCUGAGCACUCCUACUGAGCGUGAGAUAUUGAUACAUCAUGGCUCCUCAAGAAUUGCGAUACGAGGGUCAGACAGUCGUCGUCACUGGCGCUGGCGGAGGACUCGGUCGCGAAUAUGCGGUCUUCUUCGGUAGCCGCGGCGCAAAUGUCGUCGUGAACGACCUUGGAGGAAGCUUCAAAGGCGAGGGUAAAGGUUCACAGGCUGCCGAUGCCGUCGUCAACGAGAUCCGAUCCGCUGGCGGAAAAGCCGUUGCCAACUACGACUCUGUGGAGAAUGGCGCGUCCAUCAUUAAGACUGCUAUCGACAAUUUCGGCCGCAUCGACAUUCUCAUCAACAACGCUGGUAUCCUUCGAGAUGUCAGCUUUAAGAACAUGAAGCAGCAGGAUUGGGAUUUGAUCUACAAAGUACAUAUUUAUGGCGCAUGGAGCUGCACACGAGCUGCGUGGCCCUACUUCAGGAAACAGAAGUACGGACGAGUGAUCAACACCGCGUCGGCAGCUGGCCUGUUUGGCUCCUUCGGACAAACAAAUUACUCUGCUGCCAAAUUGGCUCUUGUUGGCUUCACAGAGACUCUCGCCAAGGAGGGUUUCAAGUACAACAUCUUUGCCAACAUCAUCGCUCCCAUCGCCGCUAGCAGAAUGACCGAGACCGUCAUGCCCCCAGAUGUGCUCGAGAAUCUGAAGCCAAAAUGGAUCGUUCCUCUCGUUGCUGUCCUCACCCACAAGUCUAACACUGAGACUGGCUCCAUUUACGAAGUAGGCGGUGGCCACAUAGCCAAGAUCAGGUGGGAGCGAGCUAAGGGUGCGUUCUUGAAGCCCGAUGACUCGCUCACACCUGGUGCCCUCGCCGCAAAGUGGAAAGACGUUGUCAAUUUCGCCGAAGCGGAGCACCCUCAAGGCCCUGCCAAUGCGUUGGAGAUCCUCGAGACAGCCCAGAAGCUUCCACCAAGCCCACCAGCAGAAAACCCCGACUUCAAAGGCAAGGUGGUGCUUAUCACUGGUGCUGGUGCUGGUCUUGGUCGUGCGUAUGCUCUGCUCUUCUCCAAGCUUGGCGCAAAGAUUGUCGUUAACGACCUCGUCAACCCCGACGCCGUCGUCCAGGAGAUUCAGAAGUUGGGCGGAGAAGCUGUUGGCAACAAGGCCAACGUCGUCGAUGGCGAGGCCGUCGUCAAGGGCGCAAUCGAUGCCUAUGGUCGUAUUGACGUAUUGAUCAACAACGCUGGCAUUCUCCGUGACAAGGCGUUCGCCAACAUGACCGAGGACCAGUGGGAGAUCAUCCACCAAGUCCAUCUCUACGGUACCUACGCGGUCACAAAGGCUGCCUGGCCAUACUUUUUGAAACAGAAGUACGGACGUGUUCUUAACACCACGUCUACCAGUGGUAUCUACGGAAACUUCGGACAGGCCAACUAUGCGUCUGCAAAGCUGGGCAUCCUUGGUUUCUCCAGGUCUCUCGCUCUUGAGGGCAAGAAGUACAACAUUUUUGUUAACACUCUUGCACCCAACGCAGGUACACAAUUGACUCGCACGAUCAUGCCCGAGGAAGUUGUUCAGGCCUUGAAGCCUGAUUAUGUUGCUCCUCUUGUCGUUCUCCUUUGCUCAGACAAGGCCCCUGAGCCAACUGGUGGUUUGUACGAGUGCGGACAGGGCUGGGCUGCUGCUACCAGGUGGCAACGAACUGGCGGCCAUGGCUUCCCAGUCGAUGUCACGCUCACUCCCGAGGCUGUGUUGGAGCAAUGGGAGAAGAUCAACAACUUCGACGACGGACGUGCCGAUCAUCCUCAUGACAAUGCUAGCGGUCUAGAACGCAUUAUGGCCAACAUGGAGAACAAGAGCAAGGGCGGCAAGAAGGCCAAGUCUGAUGGUGACGACUAUUUGUCCGCUAUCGAGACCGCCAAAGCUGCCAAAGCCGAGGGAACACCGUUUAAUUAUGACGAGAAGGAUGUCAUUCUUUACAAUCUUGGAGUUGGUGCCAAACGUACUGAUCUACCAUUCGUGUAUGAGAACAACGACAACUUCCAGGUCCUUCCCACUUUCGGUGUUAUCCCUCCUUUCAACGCCGUAGCACCCUUCUCAUUCAGCGACAUUGUACCUAAUUUCUCCCCCAUGAUGCUUCUUCACGGCGAGCAAUUCCUUGAGAUCCGCAAGUUCCCGAUCCCUACCGAGGCCAAGCUUGUCUCCUAUCCCAAGCUCAUCGAAGUCGUUGACAAGGGCGCUGCUGCCGUUGUAGUCUACGGUACCACAACGAAGGACGCUAACACUGGCGAAGACAUCUUCUAUAACGAGUCGAGUGUUUUCAUCCGUGGUUCAGGCAACUUUGGCGGUCCUAAGAAGGGCAACGAUCGUGGGCCCGCCACAACCGUACACAAGGCCCCUCAACGAGCCCCUGACGCUGUUGUUGAGGAAAAGACCACCGAGGAGCAGGCAGCUGUCUACCGUCUCUCAGGCGAUCGCAACCCUCUUCACAUUGACCCUGAAUUCUCCAAGGUCGGUGGCUUCAAGGUUCCUAUUCUUCAUGGUCUUUGCUUCUUCGGAAUUUCCGGAAAGCAUGUUUUGCAAACAUUUGGCCCGUACAAGAACAUCAAGGUCCGAUUCGCUGGCACCGUUCUCCCUGGCCAGACUCUUGUGACUGAGAUGUGGAAGGUCAACAACACUGUUGUCUUCCAGUCCAAGGUUAAGGAGACUGGAAAAUUGGCAAUCAGCGGUGCUGGCGCAGAGCUCCUCGGCGGUGGUAGCAAGUUGUAGAGGGUGACGCGGUUUUGGAGCUUCGAAACAUCGAAGGAUGAAUAAAAUGGUGCUAGUUGUUGCUAUAUCGGCCAUGUAUAUGUACAUUUUUGUGUAAAGCGUUUUACAAAUAUUUAUAUCCAGUUAU